UCAGAUUUCAAGCCGAAAACUUCAAAAAAAUCAUGUGAAUAAAAACCAACACAGAAGACUAAUUUAAGUGCCAUUAAAACAAAUAAAAAUCAAUCCACACACAAAUAUAAAUCCACAUAAAAAUGGCGCUUAAACUAAAAAAAGAAAUAAAAAAAUCCUCCUACUACGUGUGGUUCCUCGGCGCGAAAGAAUCCAAAGGCCUCCGCGGCCUGGAAUACAUCCUCCCCGUAAUCGACAACCUAGAAGAACGCGAGAAAGACAUCGAGCCCUUCAAAGUCACCCUACAAGUCUCCACAAAAGGCUUAAAAAUCGUACAGAACAUAGUUUCAGCACAAAACAACAAAAAACCCAAAAACGAAACCAUCAAACACUUCAUCCCACACAACACCAUCACCUGCGUGCAUCAACGCGAAGACGUCAUCGCGUGUAUUCUACUCCUCUUUAACCCGGUGACAAAAUGUCCGUUGCACGUGCAUGCUUACCGAUGCGACAGUUUAGAAACAGCCACUAUGUUGAAAGCACAGCUUGUUAUGUUAAUCGAACGUCCGGAGAAUCAGAAAAAAUUCGCGGAGAUUGAAAGCAGGUUGAUGCCUAGCACUGGCAUGGGUAUAGAUGAUGGUAAAAGGGAGAAAGGAAAUAAGAAGGAUCGGCUGGAUAGUAGUAUUGGGAGUAGUGAUACGGGAACAAGUACAAAGAGCGAAUCUAGUGAAGAAAGGUUUUCAUCAGAUGUAAGAGUGGCAACACUGUAUGAUUCGGUAGCGGCUGAAUUGCGCGCUAAAUUGAAUAAGAAAGCAGUGCCGAUUUUAUUACCGCCCAGGGAUUAUGAUACGGUGCACAGGCAAAAAGGGAAUUUGACAGGGAUUGAGUUAAGGAGGUGUUUGAAUGUGAAUAUUGUUGGGCAGAAUGGGAAAGCAAAGAGGAUGGCGUCCAGUGGGGGGUCGUCAGGGAUCGGGUCGGAUCAUGCGCCUAGUCCCGAGAGUCCUGAUGUGCAGGAGAGGUAUCAUGAUGGGCAUAGUACAAGUGACGAAGAUUGGAAUGCUGACCAAGACACAGGCCUAUACCUCAUCGAUCAACCAACGUAUCCAUCACCAGUACCCAAAUACGAUUAUCGUGCCGAACAGAGAAAACCACGUCAGUUCGACCAGAAAGUCACUCGACAGCAUCUCGAGGAACACAUCCGGAAGAAACUCGAACAGAGGAAUAAAUACCACGGGCAGGAAUCGUUCAAUUACAAAGAGGAUUCGUCUUCGUUGAAUCGCAAUCAGUACAGGAAUGAGCGUAAUAUAUCCAAGAGUCCUGAAUACAAGGACUACAAACAGGAUUAUGGUAAUUACGAUCGCAAUGGACGAGAAUAUAAUAGAGAUAAUAGAGAUAGAGAUUAUCUUGAUAGAUAUUAUGAUGUAGAGGAUACUUUGAAGAGUCAACAAGGACGUUCCGGUAAUUUCAAUAUAAAGGAUAAUUCACGUGAAGGGAGGAAUUCACGUGAAAUAGUUGAUCGGUAUCAUAAUGAUAGACAUAUUGAACGCUAUCCGGAAAGAUCUGAUAAACAUAAGGAUCUUAAGGAGAGGCAGGAGAGACAGGAUAGGCGUAGAGAAACGAGCCCGGAUGAGGAGGAGACUUUCCAGGAUAAUUUUAGUGUGCUGCAGUUUUCUCCAAGGGAGAGGUUUAAUGAUGCCAAGGAGAAGUUUUUGUUACUUGAGAAGAAGACUAGUGGGAACUCUCAGGACUUUUUUACUAGGGAGAUGCCUAUUUCUCCUAAUAUUUCUAAGGAUAAAAGGAACUCAAGAUAUUAUGACGAUGAACCUAUACCAGCACCCAGAAACUUCAAAUCCUCCCAAGACGAGCGUAACCCAGAACGCAGAACCAAUAACUCCCGGGAAGCCCCAAGUCCCCUCGAACGAUACAGAUCUAGCCAACAAAAAGUGGACAAAUACGACGUUAAAAGAAGAUCAAUGUUUAAUUUAUCUACAUCAACCUCACCUAAUGACAGGGAUAACAAUUAUUAUCCAGAAAGAUACUCCGACGACAGAAACAAUCGCGACAAUCGAGACAAUCGAGACAACCGAGACACAAGAACAUUGAAUAAAGAUUACAAACGAAGAUCCUACAUGGAUCAAAGUUAUCGACCUGAAGACGAUGGCUUUGAUGAUCCACCAGUACAUGCCCCAAGAAUGAAAAACAACAAAGAACGCGAGACUCGUGAAAAAUAUCAAAAUUGGGAUAAUAAUCCACGAGACACAUCCGAUCGUCCUGAUUUCCGUGAUGGUCGUGAAGGAGUCCGUGACAUGCGAGAAAUACGUGAAUCCCGAGACGUUCUCAUGCGUGAGAAAAAAUUCACGCCGAAUCAACGCUAUAGGAAUAGUUAUGCAGAGCCUAGUAUCCAUCAGGAUAACCGCAAGUAUCCUGCGAAUAAUGGUAGGACACGUUUUGAUAUCCUCCACAGGACGAAUUCCACUGUGUCGAAUAAUGGUAGGGUUGGCAUUGCCAGUGUGCAUCCCUAUUGAAUUGUUUUUAUUAGAAUAAUAUGAUUUUACUACGCUUAGAAAUUAAUACACAGAAAUUUAUCGGUUGCUGGAUGUUUUAAAUGUUUAAAUUAAUCGGGAUCUGUACAUAAUACUUGUAAACGAAGGUUUUGAAUCUUUCAAGGUGCUAACAGUUAAUAGUUAUUUAUAUUAAUAUUAAUAUUAAUAUUAUAUACAAUGUGUUUGCUCAUUUAUUAAUGAAUAAUUGUAUUUUUUUAAUUUUUAUUUUAUGAGUUUUGAGUAUUUGAGGAUAAUUUAAUUAGAUGAUGGAGAUGUUGUUAUGAUGGAGGUAAUUAACACAAAUUUGAACUAAUAUAUUAUUGCCAUUUAUUUUAUUUAUAUUUUUAAUAUAUUGAUUUUUAAUGGAAUAAUAUGCGUAUGAGGAUGAUUAUAAUAUAUAAAGUCAUAAUUCUAUGAAUAUAAACAAAUCAAAUUACUAUUUUAUUAAUUGUAACUCUUUUUAUAAUAUUAUUACAAAAUGUACAUAAAUAUUUCAAUAAAAUAUAUUAAAAUCC